GCCCGGGCUGCAGCCCGGCACGCCGUAGCCGGAGAACCCGCGAGCCAGCGAGCGGCGGCUGCGGCCUCCCCUGCGCACUGCGAUCCCGGCCGUCCGAGCCGGCGGCCCCGCUCAUCCGGGGGCCCGCGCCCCCCGCGGCAGGGAUGCAUCAUGGCCACGCUGGCUUGCCGGGUGCAGUUCUUGGACGACACGGACCCCUUCAACAGCACCAACUUCCCCGAGCCCAGCCGGCCGCCGCUGUUCACGUUCCGCGAGGACCUCGCUCUCGGCACCCAGCUGGCCGGGGUCCAUCGGCUGCUGCGGGCGCCGCACAAGCUUGAUGACUGUGCUCUGCAGCUGUCCCACAAUGGCACCUACCUGGACCUGGAAGCCACCCUGGCAGAGCAACGUGAUGAGCUGGAAGGCUUCCAAGAUGACGCAGGGCGGGGAAAGAAGCACAGCAUCAUCCUAAGAACUCAGCUGUCCGUGAGGGUCCAUGCCUGCAUCGAAAAACUGUACAACUCCAAUGGGCGAGAUCUAAGACGGGCCCUUUUCUCCUUGAAGCAGAUCUUUCAGGAUGACAAGGACUUGGUGCAUGAGUUUGUGGUGGCGGAAGGGCUGACGUGCCUGAUCAAGGUGGGAGCGGAAGCGGAUCAGAACUAUCAGAACUACAUCCUGCGGGCGUUGGGCCAGAUUAUGUUGUAUGUGGAUGGGAUGAAUGGAGUAAUAAAUCACAAUGAAACCAUUCAGUGGCUGUACACUCUCAUUGGUUCAAAGUUCCGCCUGGUGGUGAAGACGGCCCUGAAGCUGCUGCUCGUUUUUGUGGAGUACUCGGAGUCCAAUGCACCUCUUCUGGUCCAGGCCGUCUCAGUGGUAGACACCAAACGAGGUGUCAAACCCUGGACAAAUGUCAUGGAAAUCCUUGAGGAGAAAGAUGGAGUAGACACAGAGCUGCUGGUUUAUGCAAUGACUUUAGUUAACAAGACGCUAUCGGGAUUGCCGGACCAGGACACCUUCUACGACGUGGUGGACUGCCUGGAGGAGCUGGGCAUUGCGGCUGUGUCCCAGAGGCACUUGAACAAGAAAGGGACUGACUUGGACUUGGUGGAGCAAUUUAACAUCUAUGAGGUGGCGCUCAGGCACGAGGAUGAUGACGAGGUGGCUGAGCCACCCCCUAGCGGGUGCCGGGACCAGAGACGAGCCAGCGUGUGUUCUGGAGGCAGUGGUGAGCAGCCAGGUCUAGACCGCAGAAGGAGUCGCAGACAUUCGAUUCAGAACAUCAAGAGUCCACUCUCAGCUCCCACAAGCCCCUGCUCCCAGUCAGCUCCUGGCUUCAAACCCAGCCAAGUGCGAGAGCUCCGUGAAAAGGAAGAGGAGGAGGAGGAGGAGGAAGAAGAGGAGCAGCCAGUCACGGAGCCCAAUUCAGAGGAAGAGAGAGAGGACGAUGCCCAAUGUCAGGGCAAGGACAGCAAGGCCUGCUCUGUGUUUGAGCACAGCCCUUCUGGAAAGGAUGCUACUACCCAGAUUUCUGCCCCUCCAGCCGACUCCAGUGCCAUCUUGCAGGAAAAUUGGCUUCCAGUUGGCAAUACGAUGAGGAACCCCCGCUGCAGCGGGUCCUCGGUGCCUGAGGCUGUCCGGCCUGCCCUCCUAUCACCCCCCAGCCCUGCCUUGGCUGCUCGGCCCCCCUCCUGCACGCCUGGCUUCCCAAAAACAUCACCGACCGUAGAGCGGCUACCCUAUGUGCCACACAGCCCCUUUCACCUGUUCUCCUAUGACUUUGAGGAGUCGCCCUUGAACACCAAGGAGAAGGAAGCGGAGGCCCAGCAGGAGAGCAGGUAUGCCAACUUUGGUAACAACCCUUACCACACCGCAAGGCAAUCUGCUGGCCCCGGGGCACCCCCCACUACUGCCUCCUCCGUUUCCCUGCCUCAGGAAGCCAAGUCCCCAGAAAGGUCAUCACUGAGUGGUCUCCUCACCUCAUCCUUUAAGCAGCACCAAGAGUCACUGGCAGCUGAGAGAGAAAGGCGGCGGCAGGAGAGAGAAGAACGGUUGCAGAGAAUAGAGCGGGAAGAAAGGAACAAAUUCAACCGAGAGUAUCUGGACAAAAGAGAAGAACAAAGACAAGCAAGAGAAGAAAGAUACAAAUACUUGGAGCAGUUGGCAGCUGAGGCACACGAGAAGGAGCUGAGAAGCCGGAGUGCAAGCCGGGCCAGAGCUGACCUCUCCUUGGACCUGACCUCCCCAGCAGCUCCUGCCUCCUCUGCCCCUCUGAGCCAUAGCCCUUCAUCUGCGGACUCACAGGAGGCUCAUCCAGUGCCAUUGUCCUCCCCUGGAUCACCUCAGCAUCCCCAAGCAAGUGCUUGCUAUCCUGAAGCCAAACCAGCCGCCAAGCGGGGACCAGCAGUCAACGUGGGACAGAUUGUCGAUAAAGACAGCCAGGACAUAGCCACUGCCCCAAGCGGAGAAGAAGAGAGUGAGGUGGAGCGGCCACAGGAGCAGGAAGAACAAGCCUCUCUCAGUGAGAAAGAGAGGCAGAACGAGGAGGUGAACGAGAGGGACAACUGCUCUGCCUCCAGCAUCUCAUCGUCCAGCAGCACUUUGGAGCGGGAGGACAAAGAGGACAAGCUCUGCAGGGACAGGGCUCCUGGUUUGUGGUCUGCAGGCGUUCAAGAUGCAGGUGUAAAUGGACAGUGCGGCGACAUCCUCACCAACAAACGGUUCAUGCUGGACAUGCUGUAUGCCCACAACAGAAAAUCCACGGAUGAUGAAGAGAAGGGUGAGGGCGAAACGGAGAGGACCGAGCAGGAGGCGGAGGUGGUAGCCAGCCUUGCCACCAGGAUAUCCACCCUGCAGGCCAGCUCACAGGUUCAGGACGAGAGCAUUAGGAGGUCAGACGUUGGCUGCUUGGACAACCGAGGCAGCGUGAAAGCUUUCGCUGAAAAAUUCAACAGUGGGGACCUAGGAAGAGGUUCCAUGUCUCCUGAUACUGAGAUCAGUGACAAGGGUCCGGAGGUGGCACCUGCGCAGCUGAAGACAGAGUCUGAUUACAUCUGGGACCAGCUCAUGGCCAAUCCGAGGGAGCUCAGAAUCCAGGACAUGGAUUUCACUGACCUGGGGGAGGAGGAUGACAUUGAUGUGCUGGAUGUGGACUUGGGCCACAGGGAUGCCCCAGGGCCACCUCCCCCACCUCCACCCACCUUUCUGGGCUUGCCACCCCCGCCCCCUCCGCCCCUACUUGACGGUGUGCCUCCCCCUCCAGUCCCCGGUAAUUUAUUGGCUCCUCCUCCUCCAGCAUUCAGCACUCCUCAGGGCUUAGGGUGGUCCCAGGUAGGCAGGGGUCAGCCUGCAUUCGCUAAGAAAAAGAAGACUAUCCGUCUGUUUUGGAACGAGGUACGGCCCUUUGAGUGGCCGUGUCCCAACAAUCGCCGUUGCAAAGAAUUCCUGUGGUCGAAACUGGAACCCAUUAAGGUGGACACUUCCAGACUGGAGCACCUGUUUGAGUCCAAAUCCAAGGAACUGUCUGUUACAAAGAAAACAGCUGCCGAUGGGAAAAGGCAAGAGAUUAUUGUUCUGGAUUCCAAGAGGAGUAACGCCAUCAAUAUCGGCCUGACGGUGCUGCCCCCUCCGAGAACAAUUAAGAUUGCCAUCUUGAAUUUUGAUGAAUAUGCCUUAAACAAAGAAGGAAUUGAGAAAAUUCUAACCAUGAUUCCCACUGAAGAGGAGAAGCAGAAGAUUCAGGAAGCUCAACUGGCCAAUCCUGAAGUGCCACUGGGCAGUGCCGAGCAGUUCCUCCUCACACUGUCUUCCAUCAGUGAGCUCUCUGCUCGGCUCCACCUCUGGGCAUUCAAAAUGGACUACGAGACCACAGAGAAGGAAGUAGCAGAACCACUUUUGGACCUGAAGGAAGGCAUAGACCAGUUGGAAAAUAAUAAAACUUUGGGCUUCAUCCUGUCUACUCUGCUGGCCAUUGGGAACUUUCUAAAUGGAACUAAUGCCAAAGCAUUUGAGUUAAGCUACCUCGAGAAGGUUCCAGAAGUCAAAGACACAGUGCACAAGCAGUCGCUCCUCCACCAUGUGUGCACCAUGGUGGUAGAGAACUUCCCAGACAGCUCUGAUCUAUACUCGGAGAUCGGGGCCAUCACCAGGUCAGCCAAGGUUGACUUUGAUCAGCUUCAGGAUAAUUUGUGUCAGAUGGAGAGGAGAUGCAAAGCUUCAUGGGAUCACCUGAAGGCAAUUGCAAAACAUGAAAUGAAACCAGUUCUAAAGCAGCGGAUGUCAGAGUUCCUGAAAGACUGUGCAGAACGGAUUAUCAUCUUGAAGAUUGUCCAUCGGAGGAUAAUUAACAGGUUCCACUCCUUUCUGCUCUUCAUGGGGCACCCACCAUAUGCGAUCCGGGAGGUGAACAUUACCAAGUUCUGCAGGAUCAUCAGUGAGUUCGCGCUGGAGUACCGCACCACCCGGGAGAGGGUUCUGCAGCAGAAACAGAAGCGGGCCAACCACAGGGAGAGGAACAAGACGAGAGGCAAGAUGAUCACCGAUACUGAUGACGAGGAUGAAGGCGAGUCUGGCAAGUUCUCAGGCACUUCCCCGGCACCCCCGAGCCAGCCACAGGGUCUAAGCUACGCCGAGGACGCCGCUGAGCAUGAGAACAUGAAGGCUGUGCUGAAGGCCUCUUCUCCUGCUGUGGAGGACGCCACACCGGUGCUGGGCAUCCGCACCCGCAGCCGCGCCAGCAGAGGGUCAACUAGCUCAUGGACUGUGGGAACCGAUGACUCUCCUAAUGUCACAGAUGACGCGGCCGAUGAGAUCAUGGACCGCAUCGUCAAGUCAGCCACGCAGGUGCCCAGUCAGCGAGUGGUACCUCGGGAGAGAAAACGGUCCCGGGCCAACAGGAAGUCUUUGCGAAGGACCUUGAAGAGUGGCCUGACUCCAGAAGAGGCUAGAGCCCUGGGUCUGGCUGGCACCUCUGAGUUGCAGCUGUGACACUCAUAGGAGAUCCUGAGAAGUGUACGGAGCAGAGAGCAAGCCAUUGUUGGCUGCAGCCCCUUCUGCACGGAAAAGGGGGAGACUGGACAUUAACACCCAAGGGUGCUGGAAGCGAGGACUCCUCCGG